UGUGCGCGUGUACGUACAUGUGUGUGUGUGCAAAGCAUGGUGUGCAAGAUACUGUAUAAAAUGUAUACAUGCAAUGAGAUAUGGCAUCGUGUACAUCGUGACAUCCACCACCAAUUGCAACGUCCACGUUUGUUGUUUAAGAUUACCCUAUGGACACUGAUGACACAGUCUCCAAAUUCGUCCUUAUUUCAUUCUCAUCGAUGACUUUUUAAGUGGUGGCUGGAAGUAAACAUGACGAGUAACGGUGACAAUGGCGGAGGCAGCCUCCAGCAUCCAAACGGGGAGAAAGGAACAUCCAACAAGCAUGAAAGUGUGGCAUUGAAUGAAAGGGUUGACCCGGACAAUGGUGAUGUUGAGACCGACUCGAUCCCUGAGCGUGAAAACUGGGCACAUAAACUGGACUUCAUCCUCUCCUGCAUUGGAUAUGCCGUCGGUCUUGGAAACAUAUGGCGUUUCCCUUAUCUCUGCUAUAAAAAUGGUGGCGGUGCCUUUCUGAUCCCUUAUUUCCUGUGCCUGAUAGUGACGGGUAUUCCCUUAUUUCUCCUGGAGGUAACUCUGGGACAGUUCAUGGCAAGAGGCUGUAUCAUGAGCUGGCAAAUUAGCCCUCUAUUUCAAGGUAUUGGGUACGCAACUACAGUGGUCUGCACCUUUUGUAAUCAAUACUACAUUGUCAUCCUGGCCUGGAGCCUGUUCUACCUGUUCCAGUCCUUUACUUUAGAGUUACCAUGGGCCACCUGUGGUAAUGAGUGGAAUACUGAUCAAUGUGUUGAAUCAAAGAAAGAAGGAGCUAGAAACACAUCAUGCGUCAACUACACUCAGGUAAAUGAAACUUACUCAACAAACUACACACUCAUCACUGCUGUUAAUGGCACAGGCACAAACGACACAAACUUCUUACCGGAUUGUGCUAAUAUGAGUGGACCACUUGUUUCAUCAGUGCAAGAAUUCUGGGAGAACAAAGUUCUGCAGGUAUCAGGAGGUCUGGAUGAGAUUGGAACCUUUGUCUGGCCAUUGGUUUUAUGCCUUAUACUAGCCUGGGUCCUGGUUUACUUCAUCGUAUGGAAAGGUGUUAGGAGCUCCGGAAAGGUUGUGUACUUCACUGCAACUUUUCCAUAUGUUGUGCUCACCAUAAUGCUUAUCCGAGGCUUAACCCUGGAAGGAGCCGCCAAUGGGCUUUUAUUCUACCUCAAACCAGAUAUAUCCCGCUUAGCAGACGGCCAGGUAUGGGUUGAUGCAGGGUCACAGAUAUUUUACUCAUUUGCUGUUGGUUUUGGAACGCUGACUGCUCUGGGAAGCUACAAUAAAUUCCAUAAUAAUUGCUACAGGGAUACACUGAUUGUGACAGUGUUUAACUGCAUGACAAGCUUUUAUGGUGGGUUGGUCAUCUUCUCAGUGCUUGGCUUUAUGUCAUAUGAACAAGGAGUACCAAUAGAGGAGGUGGCUGAUAAAGGUCCUGGUUUGGCAUUUAUUGCUUAUCCAAAGGCGUUGUCUCUCAUGCCUGCUGCUCCUUUCUGGUCAUGUUUGUUCUUCUUCAUGAUACUACUGGUUGGUUUGGAUAGUCAGUUCGUAGCUGUUGAGGGCUUGAUCACCGCACUGGUGGAUAUUUUUCCGCGGCAGUUACGGGGAAAAUACAGGCGAGAGCUGUUCACACUUUUCAUUUGUGUCAUGACGUUCUUCGCUGGCCUUAUCUUUGUCACCAAUGGUGGUAUAUAUGUCUUCAAGCUGUACGAUUACUAUUCAGCCAGCUAUCCAUUGUUCUUCAUUGGUGCAUUGGAAGCAGCUGUUAUAUCAUGGGUUUAUGGUGCUGACAGAUUUUAUGAUGACAUAGAACACAUGAUUGGCUACAAGCCUUUUAUUUGGUUCAAGAUCUGCUGGAAGUACCUCAUUCCUGUUGUUGCAAUGUCCAUCUUGAUCUUUGCCCUGGCUACCUACACGCCCAUCAUCUACAAUGGUUACUCUUACCCGCUGUGGGGUGAAAUGAUCGGCUGGAUGCUCUCCAUUAUUUCGGUCAUCUUGAUCCCAAUCACUUUUGUCACGUUGCUGUGUCGGGCCGAAGGGUCCCUCCAUGAGAGAUGGAAAGCGCUAACAACACCACGAUUGCAACCACAUCAGAUUCGACCGAGUACUGCACUUACCACAAUUGGUGGCCUUAGCUUGGAUGUUUACCAUAAAUGCCCAAGAGAGGAGCCGCUGUCUGAGAACCAUGCUGAGAAAGAGCCACUAAAACAGUCUAUGACUUGAAGGAAUGUUGGAACAUCGUAUUUUUGGAAGUCUAAAGGCCGUUCAGUUCUUUUAUUUUUUAAUAAGUAUUGGCCUUGUGAACUAUUUCUUUGGUGCUUACUUGUUUUUGUAAAAGACUCUUUUGGUGAUGUAAUGGACCUCUAGGUGAUUGGAAUAUGAUAAGAUCCUCAGGCAACAAGAUUAUCUCUAUAAAACUUCUAAUUCUGAUGAUUUCUAUGAAAAAAAAUAAAAAAUAGCUCCCAAUAUUACACAACAAUAUGAACUAGGUCCCAAUAUUACACAAGUUGUGUACGGUGAGUGGCACACAACAGUUUGCAAAGCAGGCAUUGCUGAGUUUGUCUAUGAGUGGGACAGUACCGAUGUUGUUAAGGGAUUAGGGUACUUUUUCUAACACAAAACACAAUGUCCACAGAUUUACAUUAAAUAUUAUACACAUAAUGAAUGUUUAUGA